CACAGUUUGUGUGUGUGAGUGUGUGUGAAUCACAGGGAAUACCUCUGUGGAUGGGGGAGGGAUUAACAGAGAGAGGUAUAAUUACAGUAACAGAGCAGAGAGGCAGAGCAGAGUGACCCUGCACACAGUGUUCAUUCAGCUCAGACCACAAAACUCUCAGGACCAGAACCGUCAACAAGCAUUAGGACCAGGUCUGCAGUACCUUAGAGAUCCAAAGACCAGCCCAAGGAUCAGAACACCAGUCUACUGCUCCCCUGUGAACUCUGCUGACAAUCGGUGAGGAUUUCUAAGUUCUACGUGUUUCUGUUGCAUCUCCUCACUCCUCUCAAACAUCAGAUGGAUUCUACUGGACUCUCCUUAGUCCUAGUCUGAGGUCUUGAACUGUUCACCAGCUGCUUCCUGUUUCUGAAUUUAGACCAGCUGUCUCUCACUCAGAGACUCCUCAAACAGUACUGAUAUUGUCUUUACUGUGAAACUAUUGGAGCACCAUGUCGUCUCAGUUUUCUGUGCUCUUCUUCAUGGCGGUCGGUGUUCUCGCCGACGCCUCUCCGACCAUCGCUCCUGCUUUUGAGGUUGAUGUGGCAUCUCGGCUUCAGGAGGUUGCACCAUCUUCAGACUGUCCGUCCUGCUCUCUGCUUCAGAUGAGGAUAAAUUCAUCUUCACCAGGAGGACAAAGCGACAUGGUGGAGGCUGUGAAGCGUCACAUUCUCAAUAUGCUGCACCUGAGCACUCGGCCUAACCUGACACAGCCGGUCCCUCGCGCAGCUUUGCUCAACGCCAUCAAGAAGCUGCACGUUGGCCGUGUGGCCAAAGACGGAAGCGUGGAGAUCCAGGAGAUGGGGAGGGGGCCCUGGGCCCAAACACCACCUCAUCCUCCGUCUGAAAUCAUCACCUUUGCAGAGCCAGGAGACUUGGUGAGCACGGUAACCUUUGACAUUUCGAAGGAGGGCACCAGCUUGUCGGUUGUGGAACAGGCAAAUGUCUGGAUCUUUCUUAAGAUAUCCACUGCAAACCGAGGAAAAGGCAAAGUGAUGCUUCGGCUGCUACAGCUUCCAUAUGAGGAUGUUGGUGAGAAGGAGGAGUGUGUUUCAGAGAAGAUGGUGGACACUCGUCGUAGUGGCUGGCACACACUCACCGUCUCCCGCACUGUUCAGGCCCUGCUGGAAGGAGGCAGAAGCUUGCUCAGCCUGCGGGUCUCCUGCACGCUGUGCACCGAGGCUGGAGCUUCUCCGGUCCUGAUGCCUGCCAUGGGCGAGCACCCGACUGGGAGGUAUCAGUCCCACCGGCCGUUUCUCAUGGUGGUCUUAAGAGCUGAAGAAGAAGCGACUCAGCGACGAGUCAAACGAGGUCUGGAGUGCGACGGGAAAAUCCGCGUCUGCUGCAAACGACAGUUUUAUGUGAAUUUCAAAGAUAUUGGCUGGAACGACUGGAUUAUCGCUCCGUCUGGUUACCAUGCCAACUACUGUGAGGGUGAAUGUCCAAGCCACAUGGCGAGCUUCAGUGGUUCAUCCCUAUCCUUCCAUUCAACGGUCAUUAACCAUUAUCGAAUGAGAGGCUACAGUCCGUUUCAGAACAUGAAGUCGUGCUGCGUGCCGACGAGGCUGCGAGCAAUGUCGAUGCUUUACUACAACGAGGAGCAGAAAAUCAUCAAGAAGGACAUCCAGGACAUGAUCGUGGACGAGUGCAGUUGCUCGUAAGCACUCACGCAGACAUAAAAAACAGUUCCUGCUUCCUGCAAGAGAAACAUCAGUCCAGCACUUUCCCAGUAAAGAUGAAGUAUUUAUAAUUAGUGACGAGCCAUAGUAGUUCAUAUGGGGAGAGACUCUUUUCCACAUUGGAACGACAUGAGAAAACAGCUCCUGCAAUGUCUACAUGUAUAUGUGAGAUCUGUCUAAUGUUUUCUAUUGAUACGGUUCACCCUGUGUAAAGAUGUGUGAUGCUGUUGAGAUGCUUGAAAGAAAAGUGUUAAACUGGCUGUUGGAGCCAAACAUUAUGAUUAUGAACAUAAUAGUAUUGUUAUAUAAGUUGACUGUUGGUAGUUCCACACAUUCCUGGUACAUUUUUAGACUCAGAAGGAAGCCAAAGACACAAAUGAGGAAAGUCUGAUUGAAUUAGACGAGGUGUCAGUUAACAAGCUAUGACUAAAUUAACUUGAUGUGUAUGUUAACGAGCUCUGAAUGAAUUAACUGCACCAUGUGGGAGUUAACAAGCUCUGAGUAAAUUUACUGGACCAUGCAUCAGUUAACAAGCUCUGAUUAAGUUAACUAAACAAUGUCAGUUAACAAGUUGUGAAUAAAUGAACUGGACGUUGUGUGAGUAAACAAGCUGUCAAUAAAUUAACUCAUCAUUU